CCCCCCUCUCUCUCUCUGUUCUGUUGGCUUCAAUUCACGUGGAGCAUGAUUGGCCAUAUGGUUAGCUCUCGCUAGAAGACGGGUGCUACAGUAUAAGAAAGAAGAAAACACUGUUAAAUAUAUUUCUAUUAAAGUAGGAAGCCAGGAGAGCCAAUUGACUGAUACAUCAAUCGUAGUCCGCUAUGACGGAACAGUACCUAAAAUCUAUCAAGGUUGGAUUUAUCGGAGGAGGGAACAUGGCUAGUGCCAUAGGCGCUGGUUUAAUUCGCAAAGGUGUAUUAAAGCCAGAUAAUGUCUGGGUUUCCGGUCGUACUGAUAGAACUCAUGGAUUUUGGAGGGAUUUAGGGGUUCACCCGACGUUGGAGAACAACGAGGUCGUGUGCAACUGCGACAUUGUGUUUCUGACAGUGAAGCCGCAUAUGUUGGACGACGCACUUGCGACCGUUGGGAGAAGAGCGGAUGAAAAGUUCGAGAGCAAGCUCUUUGUUUCGGUACUCGCCGGAGUAUCUCUCGAUGUCUUGUAUUUUAAACUCUUAGCAAUCGUGACCUCACCAAGGAUAAUUAGAUCUAUGCCAAACACACCCAUGAUGGUUGGGGAAGGAAUCACGGUUUAUUGCGGCAGGAACGCCAAGCCGAACGAUCUAGAGCUGGUGGAUAGGUUGUUCUCUUACAUUGGUAUGAGUCACAAGGUUCCAGAAAGUCUAAUGAACUGCAUUGGUGGCCUAUCAGGUUGCGGCCCAGCGUUCGCGUAUCUUGUCAUAGAGGGAUUAGCAGAUGGAGCUGUGAAAAUGGGCGUGCCAAGGCCAAUGGCAACGAAAUUUGCAGCACAAGUGCUGGUAGGGGCUGGGAAAAUGGUGCUUGAAACUGGACAACACCCUGGUCAGUUGAAGGAUGAAGUCUGCUCACCUGGAGGCACCACUAUUAACGGCAUUCAUGUUAUGGAAGUGGGAGGAGUCAGGGGAUCUAUGAUGAAUGCUGUCGAGGCUGCUGUGAAUAAAACAAAUGAACUAACUUCUCGCAUAAAAUAGCUUUUUUAGCCAAAAGAGAUUUUGAAAUAUGUAACAAGUAAUACUCUAAGAAACGUUUGAUAUUAUCUUUCUGCUUAUUUAAGUUCCAUUUUAUAUUCAUGUAAUAUUUGAAGAAGAGAGAUUAUAUUUGUAUCGAGUAACAUAUGUAGAAUAAUUAUGUAAUUUGUGAUAAAUUCACGGGUGUGUUCCCAUUCCCUCUCGGUACUACUGGCAGUACUCCCAAUAGUCUCGAGCGUUCAAUAUCAAAGAAAAGGUGUGGAUGGUUGCAUUUAGAAAAGAAACUGCUGUUAUCACGAAGGCUACUGAGGUUUCAUUUGGGAAUGAUUUUCUCAGAAGCUGAGUUCAAUAAUAGCGUCCACAGUAGUACUGAGAAGAAAUGGAAACACACCCCAUGUCAUUUUCGAAAUUGCAUUUUUCUCGAGAACAAACUUUAUCUUCGCGAACUUCUCUAUCAUUUGUUACAAAAAGUAUAUACAAUAAAUAUACACACAUAUACUGUA